AGGAGGAGUGGUGGCCAUUUUGUCGUAGCCCAGAGAAAGGAAGAUACCUCCUUCUCCAGCCUACUACAUGAUGGGAGUGUGAAGAAGACCAGCAUUGUCCUUAAAGCACCAACCUGGAUGUCAUGAUGGAGAAGCGGCCGCCCCUCACAUCACCGGAUGGAUCCAGUAAUGGGAACCCACCAGAGAGAUGUCCCCGUCCUCUGUAUUCCCGGGACUCCACACAGGAACAUCAGGAGAUCCCUCAGGAGGAUCAGGAAGAAGAUCAGGUUGAUGGCCUGAUCAUCAAAGUUGAAGAAGAUGAGAUGCUCAUGAUGGGGGAGGAGUCAGAGGAGGACGACGGAAUUGUCAUAAUUAAAGAGGAGCAAAUUCCUGUGGAGAUCGGCACAGAUGAAUCCAGUAAAAGAAAUACCCCAGAGGGAUCUCCUCCAUUAUCCUGGGAUUCUACACAGGAAAAACACAAGAUCCAACAGGACCCUCAGGUUAACAAUUUUAUAAAUGUUAAAGCGGAACCAGGGAGCCAUGAAGAGAAGGAUGUGAAGGGCAAUGAGUCAUGUAUGGAGGAGGAAAUCCCUCCAGAGAUCAGCACAGAUGGAUCCAGUAAUGGGAACCCACCAGAGAGAUGUCCCCGUCCUCUGUAUUCCCGGGACUCCACACAGGAACAUCAGGAGAUCCCUCAGGAAGAUCAGGGGAAAGAUCUCAUUAUUGUAAAAGUUGAAGAUGAAGAAGAGCCAUAUGUGAUGAGUGACAAGCCAUGUAAAGAAGAGGAAAUUCCUAUUGAGAUCAGCACAGACCCCGGAGACACUCAAAGGAUACUCAAAGUCAAGGAGGAGGAAAAAGGACAUGUGAAGAUUAAAGAGGAGGAAGUUCCUAUGGAGAUCAGCACGGACCUCGAAUGUACCAUACUGACUUGCAAAGAUUUCAAAGCCGAGGAAGAAGGGCAUGUGAGGAUUAAAGAGGAGGACGUUCUUCCAGAGAUCAGCACAGGUGAUCAGACUCAAGCGCACCGUACAGUACAUGCUGAGAUAGAAGAAGACGAUGAUGAUGACGACAUCACCUCCGAUUCCUCAGAAGAAAACUCCAUCGCCCCAAAUCUCUGCCCAGUACUUCCCAACGCUGAUCUGUCAUCUCACACCUCUACGCAGGGGGGUUGGCCUUUUGACCACUCCUACUCGGUCAUUCACCACCUACCUUGCGAAGGGGAGACAUUCCCGUGUUCGGAGUGCGAAAAAUGUUUUACUAUUAAGUCGAGCCUUUUCAGGCAUCGGCAGAUAAAACACACGGAGAAGAAACUUUAUUCAUGUUCCGAAUGUGGAAAAUGCUACACGUACAAGUCGCGUCUUCUCCUGCACGAGAGGGUCCACACGGGCGAGCGGCCAUUCGCUUGCCCUGAAUGCGGACGGAUGUUUGCGAAGAAGUUUACCCUCGAUGCCCACCAGAGGAUCCACACAGGCGAGAAGCCGUUCUCGUGCUGCGAAUGCGGGAAGAGCUUUAUACAGAAGUCCUCCCUGGUGGAACAUCAGAGGACUCACACGGGCCUAAAGCCGUACUCCUGUUCGGAUUGCGGGAAGUGCUUUAGGCAGAGGUCGGAGCUUCACAAACAUUGCAGGGCUCACGUGUACGUGAAGCCAAAUACGUGUCAGGAUUGUGGGAGGAACUUUUCGCUAGAAGCGGCUUUUCUGUUCCAUCAGAAGGACCAUAAGAACAAGAAGCUGCACCCGUGUUCGGAGUGCGGGAAAUGCUAUGCGUACAAACUCGACCUCGCUAGGCACGAGCGAUCUCACACCGGCGAGCGGCCGUUUGCUUGCGACGAAUGCGGGAAGUGCUUUGCUAGAAAAUCCACCCUCAACGAGCACUUGAGGGUUCAUACAGGAGUGAUGCCAUAUGCGUGCAUCGAAUGCGGGAAGUGCUUCAUCCAGAAGUCCUCCCUCGUAGUCCAUCAAAGAUCUCACACAGGGGAGAAGCCAUACUCCUGUUCAAAGUGCAGUAAGUGUUUCAGGCACCGGUCAGAUAUGCUUAAUCAUGAGAGAACGCAUACGAGGUGAAGGCACCUUUUAUAGGUUUAGGAGGCGAUUCUUCAUAGAGGACGUCUCUUGUUCUCAACCCAAAGAGCCCGAAAAGACAGAAGUUGGUAAAGCCUUUACCUGUAACGUAAAUGUUGCUGCAAGUUCAUCCCAGUAGUUGAUAGGAUCAGCAUGCGCAGGGAGGCUCGAAAAAUAAGAUCUGGUUUGAGUCCAUGCAAGUGAUCAUUUGUUGUCAUUGGCCCAGAUUCAGGUAGCAAUUGCGCCUGCGUAACCAUAGUUACGCAGCGCAAUUGCUGACUUGCGC